UAUGUGGAAAGAACUCAAUCACAAAGGAAGAACUCCAGGGAGCAAGACCCGUGGUCCCGGAUAUACCUGGUGUGCGGAUCCUCGCUGGCAAUAAGGCAGCGCCGGGGCGGUGGCCAUGGCAGGCCGCCCUGCUCAUGCACGGCAGGCUCAUCUGCGGAGCUGCACUCAUCGACAGCAACUGGGCAGCCUCUGCAGCCCACUGCUUCCAAAGGUCCUCUCACCCAUCUGACUUCCGGAUCCUGCUAGGGUACAACCAGCUGAGCAAUCCCUCUGGGCACAGCCGGCAGAUGACAGUGAACAAGAUCAUCGUCCACCCAGAAUACAACCAGCAUCACAACAUGGGGAGUGACAUCACCCUGCUACAAAUGCACCUGCCUGUGGAAUUCAAUGCCCAUAUCCGCCCUGCAUGCAUCCCAGAGCCCACCAUCUCGCUGCCCACUAAACUCAACUGCUGGAUAAGCGGCUGGGGAAUGCUCACCGAGCAAAAGUUCCUGCCUGAGCCCUUACAACUGCAAGAGGCAGAGGUCACCCUCGUAACAAACAACUACUGUAAAAUCUUCUACCCAACACCCCCAGGCCCCCCCAGGCGCGAUGUAUAUGGCAUAUAUGAUGAUAUGGUGUGUGCUGGUGACCUCUUCACGGGGAAGUCCAUCUGCCGAGGAGAUUCUGGGGGUCCCCUCGUCUGCCCGCUGAAUGGCACCUGGUUCCUGAUUGGGGUGUCCAGCUUCAGCAUGGAGUGCAACAGACAUGUCAGCCUCAGCGUCUUCACCAGGAUCUCCUACUUUGCCAACUGGAUCGAUGAGAGCAAGAAGGCUACGCCCACUGCCGAUCCUUCCUUGGCGCCCCCUCAGGAGGUUCCCUCUGCUGUGAACAGCAUGGCCUCUCGGGGCACAGUGCACAGGCCUGGGAUCUGCGUGGCUCUGGUGUCUUCUCAUGUCUUCCUGCUGCUGCUCAUCGUCCUCAGGAGGCUGUGA